AGCCACAAGGAGCGCAGGCGGUUCGAAUCAUCGAUCAGCCCAGCCUAGUCCACAGAGACGGCGAUGCUCCGGAGCAGACGCAGCGGGAUGGAGUUUCUGCUGUGGAUGAUGAUGAUGAUGAUGGUACUGAACUUCACGGGACGCGCAGCGGCGCAGUCCAACCAGUACAGCAGAGCGGUGGACUGGCUGAGCAGAUAUGGCUACCUUCCUCCUCCAGAUCCACGCACCAGCAAAUUGCAGACCAAAGAAGGAAUUGAGCAAGCAAUCCGUGUCAUGCAGAGAUUUGGAGGGAUCCAGGAAACCGGAUUAAUUG